AUGGAUUUACUCUACCGCAGCGCUAAACAACGUCACCGUGAUAAUGCACGAAUCCUUACCAAUAUAGCACAAAACAAACGUAAUCGAGAAUUAGCAAAACAAACAACGGCAUCGUCAUUUAAUACUACAUCAUCUACUACAACACCACCAUCCACUACAUCACUUACUUCAACAACUAACUCACUCAUUUUAAAAGGCAUUGAAAAUUUUUCUGGUACUCCCGAUCUCCGAGAUCAUUUCAAUGCAGCACGUUUAUCUUUCGAAGACACACGUGCACUUAUCUCUCAAUAUCUAAUCGAAAAAAUGGAUGCUAUUAAAGCUGGUAUUGAAAAAGCAAAAGAAACUGUACAAGGCAAAAAAGCCGAAGAAGAAGCACGUAAAGCUAGUGAUCCAACUGUAAAACCAAGUGAACGCGUUGAUGCUGCAGUCGAAUAUGGUAAAGCUAAAAUGAAGGAAGCAGAACAUGCUUGUAAAGCUGAAUGCAACAAAGACAAACAUGUUUGCCAUUAA